AUGGAGGACAUCGGCGAUACCGACCCCCAGCGUCAGACCGUUUUGGAUCAUAGCGACGACGAGCACGGCAAGUUCUCAGCCAUGGGUCUGCACAAGGACAAGAGGCCUGAUAGCGAGUCCGAUGCCAAGCGGGCACGGCUAGAGCCGACUCCCAAGUACCGGUCCGAGAUGGACAAGAACGGCUCCAUUCUCACGCAGUGCCUGACGAAGGGCACGAUCGGCAACAUGGAGCUCAACGUGCCGCCUCUCACGUGCCGUUACUCUGUGGGCAAGGUUACCAACGCCCUGAACUCCUUCCUGGAGUCAGAGCCAGUCGGGACCCUGGGCUUGUCCAAGGCGCGUUCCGACGAGGAUUUCAGCGCGAGUCUGGCCGUGACCUCGAGGGGGCGCCCGGCGUGGGACCCCGGGCACGAGCCGCCCGUGGAGGGGCAGCACCCCGCGGAGGCGAGCACGCUGCGGCCCCGCAGCGGCGCCGUCGGCGGCGCCGUGGCGGCAUGCGGCGCGGCCCCCGCGCGUGUGCAGCCGACGCCGCGACGCGGCUCCGCCGCGCAGGAGGCGGACACGCUCCCCCCGCGCAGCGGGGCCGUCGGGGCGGCGCUGGCAAGGAGCACCCCGCAGAACCAGCGCCGACAUUUGGCAAGGGCCACCGAAGGCCACCGCGUGGCGAACCAGGGGGCCGGCGCGGUGUGCUGUGGCUCUGGCGGCGGCGCCAGCAGCGGCUCCGGCAGCCAGUGCAGCAGUUCCCCGGCUGCGUCCGGCACCUGGUCGCCACCGCCGACCUUCGGCGCGCGCCGCAGAGGCCUGGCCAGCACCCCUGGCGAACCCGCCUUGUGGGCAGCGGCUGCGUUCGGUUCUGCGGAGAUUGUUGAGGCAGCCUCGGCGCCCUGGUACGACCGCCUCGACGUGGACGGCCUUCCGCCUGCGAGGGCCCGCCGCGGCAGCGGCGCCGCGGCGCCCCGCGGAGCCAGGACGGCCGGCGGCGGCGGCUGA